UGCAUUCAAACCAAACAUCUAUGUUGCUCCUACUUUAGCUCCACCAAUACCACCUUUCACCAAUAUCAAAACAAAAACACAAGACAUUGGUCCCACUACCGCUCAAUCAAAAGCUUCUUUUCCUCUUUACUUUCUUUUAAUCCACUUGUUAAUUUAUUUAAAGACACUACCAUCUUCAUCUUUCACAUUCCAUCUUUCUAUACUAUUACUUCAUUGGUUUUUCAUCAAAACACUUUCAACAAACAUGCUUGCCCUCCCACCUCCACCUGCAACUCUGCCUCCACCUCCACCCCAAAAGCAAACAAUUCCAGUAUCUCUCGAUCAAAUUGUUAUAUCAAAACAAAACGAGAAUCAACCAAACCAAUCAAAACAAGCUGAGAAUAAACAAAUCCCGUCAAAACAAGCCGAGUAUCAACAAAACCGAGCACCAAAUACACAAAAAUCAGUCAUCAGAAAAUCAAGAAACCCAUCAACACUACUGGAACCUCGGCCUCGCCGGACCAACCCAAUUAUAUGGUGUAGUGCAAUUCUGUGUCUCAUAUUUUGCCUUAUUCUCAUCUUCUUUGGAGUAGCAACUUUGAUCACCUUCCUUGUCAUUAAACCACGAUACCCGUUAUUUGACAUACCUAAUGCAAACCUCAACGCUAUCUACUUCGACUCACCAGAGUAUUUCAAUGGCUAAUAGCUACUCAAGCUAUAGAGCCUUUUACUCAAAGAAGAGGGGAGAAGAGGUUGGAAGCAGUUCACUUCAUAUCCAGCUUGGUUUUUUUGCCCCAGAAUCUUGCUGUGGAACUUCAAAAGCAGGUACAGAGCAACAAGG